AGAGGAUUCUCAUCUGAAGCAAACACUUGAAAUAACAAUGACACUCGUAAAACUUCCUGUAUUUAUUUGUUUCUGUUGUUUCAUUCUGGCAACGUUGGAAAAUGUUAAUGCAGCUUCAGAAGAACGAUUUUUGGCGCAGCCUUUGGAUCAUUUUAAUGAAUUCAAUGAAGAAACAUGGACGAUGAGAUAUUUUGUCAAUGAAGGACUUUAUCAGGACGGUGGACCGAUCUUUAUUUAUAUUGGAGGCGAUUACCAAGUUGGCACAUAUUGGCUUGAACAUGGUCACAUGUUUGACAUUGCAGUUGAUUUAAAUGGAAUCGUCUUCGGUACGGAAACGAGGUUUUUCGGACAAAAUCAACCAAGAAACGACACAUCAACAGAAAAUUUAAGAUUUCUUUCAACAGAUCAAAUUCUCGCUGACACAGCGCGUUUGAUUGAUCACAUCAAGCAACAAGACGGAAGAUUAAGCAAUGCUAAAGUCAUACUCGUUGGUCAAUUGUAUGGAGGAAACAUUGCGUCAUGGUUUCGUGUGAAAUAUCCAAGCUAUGCUGACGGUCUCUGGUCGUCGUCGAGCUUUGUAGAAGCGAGACUUAAUUUCGCUGAGUAUUUAGAGAUUGUUGGUGAUGAUUUGAGAGUACAUGGAAGCCUUGAUUGUUAUCGCAGAAUCUGGCGUGCAUUCCGAACGAUGGAAAACUUAAUAAAUGGUGGAAGAUCUCAUCUAUUCGAUGAUAUGUUUGGUCUUUGCAACUCAUUAGAUGCUAGUAAUGACCUCGAAGUCGAUCGUUUCUUUGCUAGCAUAGUUGAAGACGUCAGCCUUGGAAUCAUUAACGGCGAUUACUUAUACGUUCACGAUAUGUGCCAAGAUAUCACUAAUAUCAACAUCACAAAUGAUCUCAUCGCAUUUUCAGAAUGGUUUCUUAUUGAACAUCGAUGGCAAGGAUGCUUUCAAAUGAAUUUCCAAGCACAAAUCGAUUUUUUAACGGGAAGCGAUUGGAAUGAUUUUGGUGUCAUAUCAGGUCGACGACAAUAUCAAUAUUUAACGUGCACUGAAUACGGAUGGUUUGCAACAACUGAUUCAAAUAACCAACCGUUUGGAAGUCGAAUCAGAUUAAAUUACUUUAUUGAACUUUGUCGUCGAGUUUUUGGUGAAUGGAUAACAGAGGAAAUGUUACAAGAGAAUGAUGAAACAUUCAAUUUGAAUUUCGGUGGGAAUCGACCUCAAAUAACAAACGCGUUCUUUACAAAUGGUGGGAUGGAUCCACAUCGAGCAGUCAAUGUUCUUGAAGAUAUUGGCGACAGUGUCGAGGCUCGGACUCUCCCAUUUUAUGGACAUUCGAUCGACUUGAAUUCUCUAUCAGACGAUGACUCGCCCACUGUGAGAAAUGCCAAAAUAAGAGUUCGCGAGCUCAUUACGCAAUGGGUUGAAAACUAAAAAAACUUAGAUCUAAGAUUUCCGUCUUUAAGUCGUUUGUUUGAUUUUUAGACUACACUAAAAGCAUUAAUUCAUCAUGAUUACAAAACUCUGAUACAGAUCCCAUGGUGGGGUUUAGCCAAAUCAACGAUCUAAAUAAAAACAAGAAAUAUUUAUGGCUCUGUUGUUAUUGGAUUUUUUGUGCCAUUUUCGUUUUAAUGUCUAUUAUGUUCUGGUUA